AUGGAACGCACUGGGCGAGCUGAAGGAUCUGAGGGUGUUGGAUCUGAGCAACAACUCGUUUGCAUGUUGAAAUCCUCUCUCACUGAUUCGCUCUCUCAUUCGCAUGCAGCCAUGGGACGCACUGGGCGAGCUGAAGGAUCUGAGGGUGUAAGUAACAACUCGUUCACAGGGGGAGUGAAGGCUGUUGGCAGCCUGCCACGCGUUGCUGACCUGCGGUUGCAGAACAAUCGACUGUCUGGUACCGUACCUGCUGCAUUCAAGGACAAGACAUGUGACCCGUUUUCGGGCAACUCCAAUCUUUUCUGCCCGCCAGACUUUGCCUCUGCAGCGCCAACCAUCCCUGCAACAGUGCCAGAGGCUCCACCUUCCUCCUCCUCCUCCAUCUGGCCGAUCGUUGGCGGGAUUGCGGCUGGCGUCGUUUGUCUUGUUCUGUUCCUAGCUGCUGCAUGGUGGUGGUGGCGGCAGCGGCGGCAGAAGGAGAGGGUCAUGGGGGACGAAGAGGGGUUGGAAAAGGACGAUAUCAAUGACCCGUUGCAUGAGGAGAUUCUGGGCCACCUGCAGCAGCUGCAGCGGUUUCGCCUGGAGGACCUUCGCACGGCAACGAGCGGGUUCAGCAGCACUCUGCUUUUGGGCGAGGGGGGAUAUGGGCUGGUGUAUAGAGGGAGCCUCAGGGAUGGGAAGCAAGUGGCAAUCAAACUACUAAAGAAAGAGAGGCGGGGCAGCGAGGAAGCGUUCAUAAACGAGGUGAAUGCCAUCAGUGGCGCCGUGCACCGCAACCUGCUGCGCCUAGAGGGCUUUUGUGUGGAAAAGGGCGAGCGGGCGCUCGUGUUCCCGUUCCUGCCACAUGGCUCCGUUGCUGACUACCUCAAAGGUGGAAAGAUGAGGAGCGAUGCAACACCGCUGACGUGGAAGCACAGGAGGAAGAUUGUGCUGGGGAUAGCUGAGGGGCUGGCAUACAUGCACACUGACUGCACUCCCAGACUCAUUCACUGCGAUAUGAAGGCCGAGAAUGUGCUUCUAACAGAGGAUAACGACCCGGUCAUUUGCGACUUUGGCCUGUCAAAGCUGGUGGAAGUCGACGUAAUACCCUCAGCUGCCAGGGGAAACAGGCCCAGUGCAGCAGUGCGGGGAACCCUAGGCCACCUCGCUCCAGAGCUCUACAACACGGGCAAGUGGUCAGAGAAGACUGACGUGUUUGGCUUUGGUGUUCUGCUAGUGGAGCUCGUUGCUGGCUGCUGCGUUUUCGACCUGCCCAUGGGCCAACACGUGCAGAUCCGAUCCCACCCGGCUGACUGUGAUCCGCUGGAAGUGCAGGUCUUCCUGCAGGUGGCUCUGCUCUGCCUGCAGCAGUCACCGUCAGAUCGGCCCACAAUGAGCGAGUGUGUGACUAUGCUGCAGGGCACGGGCCUGGCGUGUCGGUGGCAGCUGUGGCACAACACAGGCCUGGAGGAUGGUCUGCAGCCUCCGGAUAUGCCUGUGUGGGCUGACGAACAAGAGCUGGACAAGGCGCUGGGAUCAGGGGAAGAUGUAGCGCCAACGUCGCUGCAGAAAGCGCCAACACCGCCGCCGCAGCAAGCGCAACCGCCGCCGGGGCAAGCACCGGGUGAGACGGAGGCGCAAGCGGUACAGCAGGAGCAGAGAAGUUCGGACAAGAAAUUUCCACGGGCAAAUGCGGACCAGCAGGAGGAAAACUCGACGACGGUAGAGGGACAGCAAAGCAGAAACGAGGGCGAGAGGACGCAGGAGGAGCGAGGUGGGGGUGGGGAGCACUGGGAGAGGGGGGACUGGGAGGUCAUUCCAGGUGGGAGCUCCCAGCGGAAGACGGAGGGAAAGGCGGAGCGAAGCGCAGAGGUGAAAGAGGAUGGUGGUGCGAGGCCGAGCUACAGACAGGGGUCGAGAUUCGACAGGGUGGCGGCGAGGAGUGCUAUGAGGCGAAGGAGAGAGGGCGAGUGCUGGAGCAAGGAGGAGCGGCACCUGUACCACACGGCGAACCCAGACCCCCCGUCAGCAGCGUUCCAGGCAGCAGUGCGGGCGCAUGAGGCGAUGCAAAGGGAAUGCAUGGGAACUGGGAAAAGGGAGGAGUGGGAAUGGGUUCGGAGUGGCGACUGGGAAAAGGACAGGCCUCGAUACGGUCCAGACAGGAAGCCAUGUCAAUACAUCUACGUUCCUCCCUUCCCCCGAGGUCUGGGCAACCGGUUAGUGAACCAUGUGAAUGCGUUCAUAUUGGCGCUCAUCACCCACCGGGCCAUCAUCACCACGCCCUGGUCCUUUGUGGUCCGCCGCUUCUGCAACCCCUUUGGCAACUCCACCUCGUGGUCGCUGCCCUUUCCUGUGCACAGCUCGUUCAUUGGCGUGGUUAAGAACCGGACGCUGGAGUUUAAAGACUUAGUUAAGUACCACUCAGAGCGAGGAGCAGCAGGAGGGGUGGUAGCAGCAACAGGAGGGGUAGAAGCAACAGGAGGGGUAGCAGGAGCAGCAGGAGGAGGGGUAGCAGCAACAGGAGGAGCAGCAGCAGGAGGGGGAGGAGCUGUAGGAGGAGGAGCAGGAGGAGGAGCAGCAGGAGGAGCAGCAGCAGGAGGGGGGAGAGCAGCAGGAGCGGCAGGAUUGUUGGAGCUGUCAGCGGAAGAGGUGGCUGGGCUGAUUCGCACCCGCACUGUGAACAUUCACCUGGCUGGCAGAGGAGCGCACACGUUCUGCACGGAUGCGUGGAGCAGCAUCAACGCAGCUGUCUUCUGGAGCAUGGCGAUUGACGUCUACUUCGUCCCCAGCCUCUACUACCUCCCCACAUAUGCUGCAGCUCUGAAUAAGUUAUUCCCCGAUCAUCGUGUGUUGACUCACACCGCUCGGUUUCUUCUGCACCCUGACAACCGGCUCUGGGCGGCAAUCACUCGUCUCUUCCAUGCCAACCUGGCGCACCACUCCCACAGAGUCGGCAUUCAGAUCCGGUCAGCGCUCGGAAUUGAUCUUCCAUUGGCUGACCGUGUCCUCUCAUGUGCUGCUGACGUGGCACGGUACCUCCCUACCAUUGGCUCCUCUAACCAGACACAGCCAGCCAACAGCACCUACCCAGAAGGAGCAGUGGGAGAGGGUGGGACUUCUGGAAAGGAAGGGAUGGUGGGAGAAGGAGAAGGAGAGGGGGGCACGGUGGGGGUGGUGGUGGCAUCGCUGAGUGCGCAGCACUGGAUGGACAUGCAAGGCAGAUACGCCCUGCACGGCGCCCACGACAGCACCCUCCUCAGCUUCUGCACGUGA